CGGAUAGCGAAUAGUGGAGAAAAAAAGAAAAGUGCAUUCUUAGUGGUAAACCGAUAGAGAAUGUGAAGUUGAAUUCAGUGGAAUCUCUUUGUUGAAACAUAGCUUAAGAGGUGCUGAUAUGUACAGAAGAUGAGCAGUCUGGGGGAGAACUCCAUGGAGCCUCUGUGCUCUGACCGCAAGCGCAAACUUUCCACCUGCGACACGCCGGGACUGGGGUGCGAUAAGCGACGGCGGGAGCAGGAGAGUAAAUACAUCGAGGAACUAGCCGAGCUUAUCUCCGCUAACCUCAGUGACAUUGACAGCUUCAACGUCAAACCAGACAAGUGCGCCAUUCUGAAGGAGACCGUCCGCCAGAUACGCCAGAUAAAAGAGCAGGGAAAAUCUGUGUCUAGCGAUGAUGACGUGCAGAAGGCAGACGUGUCCUCAACAGGUCAAGGGGUCAUUGACAAGGAUCAUCUGGGACCGCUUCUGUUACAGGCACUGGAUGGCUUUCUGUUUGUGGUAAACAGAGAGGGUAAUAUUGUGUUUGUGUCAGACAACGUGACUCAGUAUGUCCAGUACAAACAAGAGGAGCUGAUCAACACCAGUGUCUACAAUAUCUUACAUGAGGAGGACCGGGAGGAGUUUCACAAGAACCUGCCCAAGAAUAACGUGAAUGGCGUGUCGUGGGGAGGAGAGACGCCCAGGCAGAAGAGCCACACCUUUAACUGUCGUAUGCUGGUGAAGUAUGGCCAUGACGAGGCCCCCGGAGGUCCACGCUAUGAAACCAUGCAGUGUUUCGCCCUCACUCAGCCUAAAGCCAUGAUGGAGGAGGGAGAAGACUUGCAGUCGUGUAUGAUCUGCGUGGCUCGGCGCGUGACUGCAGUGGAGCGGACAGAGAGUUUUAACACAAGACACGAACUGUCUGGUAAAUUGAUUCAGAUAGACCAGAAUUCUUUACGUGCAUCGAUGCGGCCAGGCUGGGAGGAUUUGCUGAGGCGAUGCAUCCAGAUGUUUCUGCAGCACAGUGAUGGUCAGCCCUGGUCUCAUAAACGCCACUACCGUGAGGCCUUUCUCCAGGGUCAUGCAGAGACUCCAGUGUACCGUUUUUCACUGUCAGAUGGAACACCAGUUGCAGCUCAAACCAAGAGCAAACUGUACCGCCACCCCAUGACCAAUGAACCACAGGGCUUCAUCUCCACACACCUGCUCCAAAGGGAACAGAAUGGAUGCCGCACCAGUCAGGCAGCCGGAAUGAUCCAGGGUGGCAUGAGGCAGCAGGGCAUGGGAGGUCCCAACCCUGGUGCCCAGAUGAACAUGGGCCCUGGUGGUGGAAUGGGGGGUAUGGGGGGCAUGGGAAUGAAUCGUGGCUAUGGAAUGAAUGACAUGAAUCACAUGAGUCAUAUGGGCCAGAUGAACAGUGGAUCGAUGUAUGGCAGCAAUGGUGGAAACGGAAACAACAUGGGCAACAGAAUGAUGCAGAUGAAUCAGAUGAAUCAAAUGAAUCAGAUGAAUCAAAUGAAUCAGAUGAGUCAGAUGAAUCAGAUGAGUCAGAUGAAUCAAAUGAGUCAGAUGAAUCAGAUAAAUCACCCAGGCCCUGGCAUGCCACAACAGCAGCACCAGCAGCCCCCGUUCCAGGCAAGUGGCGGAUAUGGUUUGGCAGGCAUGAACAGUCCCUCUCAGGGCAGCCCUGGCAUGAGCGGACCCCAACAGAACCUCCUCAUGUCUCCUCGCAACAGAGGAAGCCCUAAAAUGGCCUCCAGCCAGUUCUCUCCAGGAGGUAUGCACUCCCCCAUUGGUCCAGGCAGUGGUGGAGGUGUAGGAGGUGGGAGUUCCUUUUCCAGCAGCUCUCUAAAUGCUCUGCAGGCUAUCAGCGAGGGUGUAGGCGCAUCCCUACCUUCUCUACCCUCUGCUCUGACCUCUCCUUCCCCUGCCCACAAACCUGACAGCUCUCCUAGUGUCCAUUCCUCCUCGCAGUCCAACCAGACCUGCAAACAAAGCCAUGGAGAUUCUAAGAGCCCAGCAGGCGCCUUUGGCUCAGGGGCAGGCGACCACCAUCACCCUCUACAUCACCAACACCACCACCACCACAACCAUUCCCAUCCAGCAGAGAGCAGCGGAGACCGGCCAGAUAGCCAGGCUGGAGCAGGUGCUAAGGAGUCAGGGGAGGGGAGUGGAGAAGCUGGGGUAACCCCAGCUGAGCCUCCCAGACGGGUUCCUGACAGCAAAGGUCAUAAGAAGCUGCUACAGCUGCUAACUUCCCCAACAGAGGAACUCAGUCUUGGGGUAGGGAGUGGGCCUUCUCUGCCUAUACCACCUGGUGCUAGCAGCAACUCCGUGGAAGGCAAAGAGGCAGGGUGUGUCACCAGUCCGACCUCCACUGGUGUGUCUUCCUCAAGCAACCAGGGCCAGGGAUUGGGAGCAGGGGGAGGGUCCUCAGCGCUGAACUCAUCCAACUACACUGCAUCAUUGCAGGAGAAGCAUAAAAUCCUCCACAAGCUUCUCCAAAAUGGGAACACACCGGAUGAGGUGGCCAAGAUCACUGCCGAGGCAACUGGGAAGGUGGUGCUGGGACAGGAAGCUGGAGGGGGAGCAGGGGAACCAGGAGGUGGUCCUGGAAUGGCAUCUGGAAGUUCUGCAGGGUCCACAGAGCCAAAACAAGAGCAACAUAGCCCAAAAAAAGAGAAGACCCAUGCUCUCCUUCACUACCUCCUCAACAAGGAUGACUCCAAAGAGCCUGCAGAUGUCAAGCCAAAGCCAGAAGACAUGGAGGGGAAAGGGCCAACGGGGGGCAGCAGUGGCCCCACAGCCACAGGGGCGCCACCGGACAACCUGGAGGGCAAAAUCAAGUCUGAACCACCUGACGAGCUUGAUUCCAUACUGGGUGGUCUGAGAAGUUCUGGACCAGAGUUCCCUUCAGAACAGGGAACAGUGGGUGGAGCUGCUGAGGGUGGAAGCAAGCCUAAUUGUUUUCCUGAUGAAAGCACGCAAGUGAGUAGUCCAGGGAUGGGCUCAGGUGGCCCACGAGUGCCCUUCCAGAGGGCCAUGUCUGUGGACGGUAAGGCCCAAGGGGAACCUGGAUUAGCUGGACGUCGCAGUGCUCCUUGUCCUAUGCCCGUCAAACAGGAGAGCCUGGAUAGCCAACGGAUGAUGGGGGCUUCAGACAGCUUUCCUGGGAAUAUGGGGAUGAUGAACAGAGGAAUGGGAGUUCCCCAGCAAUCACCCAUGGGUGGAAACAAUGAAUGGGCAAUGCAGCGUUCUAGCAGCAGUCCUGUGGGUUCAGCCGGACACCCCUCCAUGGUUAGACCUGGAAUGGACAGUAAUUUCAAAGGCAUGAUGGGAGGUCCCACGGUCAGCAGGUCCAACAGCAUGCCCGGGACAAGAUCAAUGCUACAGCAGCAGCUUAUGGACAUGGGGUCCGGUGACAUGAAUAUGGGAAUGAGCCCAUUUAAUCAACAGUGUCCUUCUGGCCAGUCCCCCUCCUGGCCAGACAAUGUUAUGGGGGUGGAUAAUAACAGGCGGCAGUUUGGGAAUACUCUGGAUGAGUUGUUGGUCCCUCCAUCUACCAGCGAGGGUCAGAAUGAUGAGAGAGCUCUGCUGGACCAACUGGAUUCUCUGCUCAACAACACUGACGUCAUUGCUUUGGAGGAGAUCGACCGAGCACUGGGUAUCCCUGACCUUAUUAGCCAGGGUCAGGGUAUGGAGCCACAGGGUGACCCAUUCCCAGGUCAGGAUAUUUCCAUGGCAAUGGAACAAAAACCCCCAUAUGGGCAGGGGUAUCCUGGUCCCCCCUCCAUGGGCAUGCCCACAGGGUAUGGGGGUAACCCUAUGCAGGGUCAGCCCCCACCCGCAGGUUACGGACCAAUGAUGAGUCAGAUGGGGCAGCAGGGUGGCUUCCCUGGCAUGGCAGGUAUGGGUGGGUUGGGGCCGAUGGGUGGCAUGGGGCAUCCACGCGCCAGCAUGAUGAGGCCACGGAUGAUGACAGCCAACAAGCCAAUGCGACUACAGCUGCAGCAGAGACUACAGGGCCAGCAGUUUAUGAACCAGGCUCGACAGGGCAUGGGCAUGAAGAUGGAGCCACCUGGUGGUGGAAACCCUGCAAUGCGACCUGGGAUGCAACCAGGCAUGAGUGGCCAGGCUGGUUACCUGAACGCUCAGAUAAUGCGUAACAGAGAAAUGAUGAGACGACAUCGGAUGAUGAUGAUGAUGCAGCAGCAGCAGCAAGCAGCAGCAGCAGGAGGGUUUAGCCCCCCUCCCAAUGUCACUGCUCCUCCCGGCAUGGACGGUGGUCUUGCCGGACCCCCUAUGAACCAGCAGCAGUUCGGCUAUGGAGGAAGCUAUGGAAUGGGCCAACAAGGAGAUCCCUCAUUUGUGCCAUCUGGUGGCAGCCCACCAAACGCCAUGAUGUCUGGGCGACUCGGCCCUCCUCAGAAUCCCAUGAUGCAGCAGCAUCCCCAGGGUGGCCCCAUGUACCAGACCGCUGACAUGAAGGGCUGGCCUCAGGGAGGCAUGGGUCGCAACAGCUCGUACACCCAGCAGCAGUUUGGCCAGCAGGGGGCAGCAGGGCAGUAUGGUGGUAUGAUGAUGAAUGGUGGUAUGGGGGGUAAUGGAGGCCACAUGGGCCAGAUGCCAGGCCAGAUGAACAUGAACAGCAUGGUGAUGUCCAGGAUGCCCAUGGGCCCUGAUCAGAAAUAUUGAUAAAGCAACAACACACUCUUCCGAGGAAUAUAAUAACUUUAAGAGCCAAUAACAGACUCAAAGACCAGUUAAACAAACUCAUGAGGACACUGCAGGUCUUUUACCUCAAGGAAGCAGGCAAGAUCUGAAACAUACACAUAUAUUUGGUCAUUUGUGUAAAUCUAAGACACACUGUGAACACACACAAAUACAUGCCAAUACACAUGGUACAGACUGAAAUUCAAGUCUACAAUUGUUCUGUCAUUUUCAGCAUUUACUUCAGAAUUGACCAUUUCAAUUGGUGUGUGUGUUUUGUUUUGUUGUGUUUUUCGUUGUUGUUUUUUUUGUUUGUUUUUGGGUGGGGUUUGUAUGGGACAGCGUCUCUUGUAACUAAACCACCCUAACGCUCGCUGGACCAAACAGUAGAAGGCAAGAAAAGGAGGAAUAAGAACAGAGGAAAAACAAAAAUGAUUCGAAAUGUCAAACAUAUGAGGAAUGUCUUGUCUCAACUUGCGAAUGUAUUCCAUGCCAUGUGGAGUGUCACCAUGCUCGUUCCGCUUCGUUAAAGGUUGAUUAAAGGUACUAUACAAGAACAGAUCAGAUGAGAUUGCACUUUACAAGAUAAAGCUGAUUUACAGCGAUAGGAUUGUUGCAAUAUUUCCUGGUCAUUUUAGCCUUACUCAAGAACUAAACACAUUUUUAAGAAAAAUUAAGGUCCUAGUUUUAUGUCUGUCUAGAUCAAUGGUGACCAAGGCUGCCUCUGGAGAUCUACUUUUGUGAAGGAGUUUGUUUCAGAUCUACUCAUACCAGACUCAGAUUCUAUCAAGAUUUGUUGGAACAUCUAUAAUUUGUAAUCUUGCCAGAUUGGGAUUGGAUUAAAACUCUGCGACAAGGUAGAUCUUCAGUAGUGGAGCGGGUCACCACUACCCUAGAGGGCGUCUGUUUGAUUGGAAUGGAUGACAGUAUGAGCAUACAGCAAGCACAGAAGCUGUCUGUUUAUGCAGAUUUAAGCAAUAAUCUCUCCCCUCUGGAUAACUCAACCGAACAGCAAACAAAGUGUCCUCAACUCAAAGCAAAGGCACAGCAGUAUUACAUGAUGUCAGAAAUAUGGAGGAUUUUUUUUUUCUUCUUUUGUUUGUGAAUACGAAUUGUAAAUAGGCUGAAAAUGUACAAUAUCUGCUUUUGUAGGUCACAGACUGUUUUUGCACAGAUUGUAAGGCUUGAUAUUUGAAAUAUGAUUUUCUUAUUCUGUGUUUUAGGUCAAUACAGCUUUUAUUUUCAAUAUUUCAAUUGAA